AUGUGGGCGAAGAAUAUUACUGGAAAUUUUGCUAACGUGAUCCAUGGGCUGAAGGCCAGCCACCUGACUGACGUGGUCAUUCGGAGGAGCAAACGGAUGAUUCUUGACACCUUAGGAGUUGGGCUCUUGGGCACCAGAACGGACGUCUUCCAAAAAAUGGUCCAGUACAGUAAGAUCUACAGUUCCGAUACAUCCAGCACCGUUUGGGCUCACCCAGACAUCCGGCUCCCUCCCCUGUACGCAACUUUUGUGAAUGGAGUGGCGGUUCACUCCAUGGAUUUCGACGACACGUGGCACCCGACCACGCACCCAUCUGGAGCCGUGUUGCCCGUUCUCCUCGCGGUCUCCGAAGCUCUGCCUGAAAACAAGAAGAUUUCUGGCCUCGAUCUCCUUCUGGCUUUCAAUGUUGGCAUCGAAGUACAAGGCAGAUUGAUGCACUUUUCCAAUGAGGCCAGCGACGUCCCAAAAAGAUUUCACCCUCCAUCCAUCGUUGGCACUUUGGGAAGCGCUGCGGCUGCUGCUAAACUCCUGGGCCUUGACCAAUUCAAGUGUAAGGAGGCCCUGGCCAUCGCCGCCUCUUAUGCCGGGGCUCCAUUGGCCAACGCGGCCACUCAAACAAAGCCUCUCCACAUGGGCAACGCAGGCCGGCACGGCUUGGAAGCGGCCUCCUUGGCCUCCUUGGGCCUUCAAGCGAACAAGCUAAUCCUGGACCUGAAGUCGGGCUUCGGCGCCUUUUACGCGGACUACUUACCUCAGACUCUGCCAAGUUUGCAAUCGUAUUCGUGGCUUUUGGACCAACAAGAUGUGGCCAUCAAGAGCUUCCCGGCCCACCUGGGGACCCACUGGAUGGCAGAGGCGGCCCUGGCGGCAAGGAAACACCUGGCCAAGAGUAGGGAGUCCCUCCCAAGUGGCCGAAUCAAGACGAUUGUGCUUAAAGCCCCAGACGUACAAUAUGUGAACAGGCCAUUCCCUGCCUCAGAACACGAAGCCAGGCAUUCCUUCCAGUUUGCGGCCUCCGCUGCCCUCCUGGACGGCUACAUCUCCGUGGAGUCAUUCAAACAGCAGAACAUCUCCAGGCCUGAGUUGAGCGAACUUCUCAGAAAGACACACCUGGUGCACCCUUCUGACAACCAGCCCAGCUUCAAGAACCUCUACUGCGAAGUGACGAUCGUCCUUCAGGAUGGAGACACGCUGACAGAGCGCUGCGACACCUUCUACGGGCACUGGAGGAAGCCGCUAAGGCAGGCGGAUCUGGUGAAGAAGUUCCAGUCUAACGCCACCACGGUCCUCUUGCCGGAAGCUGCUGAAAGCAUCGUGGAAGUAGUUGAUAACUUAGAAAAGCUAGAAGACUGCGGCUCGUUGGCCUCCCUUCUCAAGGGGGCUGAGUCGACAAGCGAACUGUUAAAACGCAGCAGCAGACAGAUUUGA